UUGGCAUCUUCACGAUAUAAACAUAAAACGGCAGGUUUUAGUAGCAGAAGACGGGCAGCACUGUAGUUAUUCUGCUCCGAGCUCAUCCAGGCUCCGAUGUUUUUGAUUCAAUUAUAUCGUUAUUAUCUAUAUAUUAUGUAUUGAGAUCUCUGGAUAUUGAAUAGGGAAUGUGGCCUGUGGAACGCGACAAACAGUUACAAAUGACCGGAUUUUGAAAAAUGUUCUCGUGCCAUCGAACUUUUCCUUUCGCUGGAUAAAAUCAACAAUUUCCAGUUGUUUCAAUCUGGAGUUAUUUAAGGGCGCUCGACCAAAUUUUACCUGUUGGGCAUUAGGCUAAUCCUGGAGUGAAGGAGGUCUAACCAAAAUUAUCCGAAAAUACUAUGGACGACGAGUUGGAGGACAGAAUUCUAUAUCAGACAUACAUAUCACACAUGAAGCUGGUAUCAAAAUUCGCAGUCGGAAUUCCGACGGGAUUGAAUGCAGGUAUAAAUGCCCCAUUGGGGUAUUGCUGGCGACUGAUGAGGGCGUACGCUCUAAAACCGGAGGUUCUUCUCUGUGGUAUUCUAAUUUGCGUAAUGCUCUUCUACCUCCAAGCAGUUGAUGUCUGGAGCCGAGUAUUAUUUGACAAGAUCCAGUAUACACUAGGUCGAACUACAUCUAAGGUUUCAAAAUUGCAGUUCUUAGUUAAUAAUAAUAUAAGCAAUGGCGAAAAAUUAAGCUGGGAAUUAAAAGAAGGCUAUGUCGCUGCCUAUGCGGUGCAAGGUCAUCGUUCACAUAUGGAAGAUCGUUUCGUUAUAAACGAAGAUAUAAAUAAUACUGGAGUCUCUAUAUUUGCAGUAUUUGAUGGACACGGUGGAGAGUUUGCAGCUAAUUAUGCAAGAGAUAACUUGAUUCCAAACAUAAGUAGGAAAGUCGUUGAACUAAAAAAUAUAAUUGCCGGAAAAUUGCCUUGCUCAGUUCGUGUUACUGAAGAGGUCAAGGAAAAAGAAGAGAAAGAAGAGAAACCGGAACCUAUUCCUCUCGAACGAAAAAAAUCUUUUCGGAAAACUGUCAGCACAUCGCUAACUGAUGAUUGUAUGAAAAACGCUGUUGGAGUCACAGAUCCAGAGUUGCUUAAUAAACUGGACAGUCUUUCGAGACCAAUAACAAAAGAGGUAAGACCUUCUAGGCUUGAUGAAAAUCCGCCGCCGAAAAUUGACGUUAUUAGUUACAUUGAAGGUAACAAAAUAAAUUACAGUCGGCUCUUGACGGAUGAAGUUCUCGCAGUCGAUAGACUUUUGGUUGAAGCUGCAAAGAAAAAUAUGGACGUAGCUGGUACAACUGCUUUAAUAGCGCUUAUGGAAGGAGAUAAAUUAAUAGUGGCUAAUGUUGGGGAUUCGAGAGGAGUUAUGUGUGACGCAAAGGGAAAUGCAAUUCCACUUUCCUUUGAUCACAAGCCGCAACAGCAAAGAGAGAGGAAAAGGAUAAAUAAAGCUGGUGGCCUGGUUACUUUCAACGGAGUUUGGAGGGUUGCCGGAAUUCUCGCAACAUCCCGAGCCCUGGGAGAUUAUCCUCUCAAAGAUAAGAAACUGGUUAUCGCCGAUCCUGAUAUUUUGACUUUUGAUCUUAGCGAUCAUAAUCCGAUGUUCCUUGUACUUGCGUCGGAUGGACUCUGGGACACUUUUACGAAUGAAGAGGCUGUCGCAUUUAUCAAAGACCGUAUUAACGAGCCACACUUUGGCGCGAAAAGCAUCACACUUCAGAGCUACUAUAGGGGCUCUUUAGAUAACAUCACAGUAGUCGUGAUUAAUCUUAAGGAUCGCAAGAAUACACCAGAGAAAAGGAGAAGCACGGAAUAAGACCAAAGUCUUAUAAUCGCAAGUGUUCUAGUCACUCGCUUCUCUUGUAUCUAAUAUACCUCUUCAUGUCGCGUGCACCAACGUACACACCUGGACUGUGCCAAUCGUGACACUAGGGAUGAUUUGCGAUUUUUUCAUCAUCGCCUUUUGUGAGACUAACGUAUAUACAUAUAUUUUCUCAAUGAAGGAGCUUAUUUUUUCAUCUUCCCUAAAAGAGCCGCAAAGGCUCUUGAUAUUCGAGAGAAAAAGAAUCUCUCAAUUAGGCAUUAUGAAAAAUGCCUCUUUCUAAUGCAGUCUUUAAUCGAGGAUAAGUGUUAAUUGUUGCUUUUAGUGUUCAUUGUUGCCUUAGUAGUUAUAAAAAACGACGGAUAAGUUUGUAUUUAAACUCGUUUCUUUAAAACAAUGAAAGCUUGAAGAUAAUCUUUCUCUUCGAUUAUUUCAUGAGACAUUUGUGAAGUAUAUAAACAAAUUUUUAUUUCUAAUGCCUAUGCGUGAAAUAAAAAAUUCCGCUCUCAACAUUGAUUUCGAAGAAACGAGGUUUUUUUCUGUCGUGAUUUGUUACACUCAACUUUAUUUUUCUACUACACAAGUACGCAUUUUAGCAAAUUUUUAAAAAUUUGAAGUUUUAUUUUCAAUUUUCCUUGAUUAUAUCAAUGGGAGUGUAUAUUUCUAAAUAGAUUCCUAGGAUACACUGUCAAAUGAAAUUGUGCAUCGAGAAAAGGUGUAAAAUCGGUUUCAAAAUUAUCGAAAAAAAGACAUGUACAUUCUUUGAAACAUAUUGUAAAUUAUGUCGAAAUUUUUUGUUACAAAACUACUUUUUAUUACUAUUUUUGAAAAUCUCAAUUGAUCUGCGCAUCAACAUGAAUGUUAAACGGCUACGAAGUUGUACAUAAAAAGCGUUGACAAGAUUCAAAGUGUCACGUCUGAAAGGAAUAAAAGGUGAUUUAUAUAA